AUAUGCAAAAAUUCUGUAUUUUUGCCGAUGUUUCCCUACACAUGUCAAAUUUUGAGUGGAUUUUAUGGUGUCUAUUGACCGUGGUUUUGAAAAGGUCUGAAAACCAAAGAAUGGUACCGAUCAGAAAGCCCCGGAUGAAAAUGCGAUAUUUGUAGGUUUACCAGAAAAAUGGAGGAAACCAAGAGAUAGGGCCAAAUAUUUUGUUUGGAACGACAGAUUCCCGUGGUUCCUCACAAUGGCCUCUGCGGCAUCAGGGUCAAACAAUGACCGGGGCCCUGAUAAAAGCCCAAUUCGGUCAGCAAGAACCACAGAAACAAGGGGUGGGGAUCUAUCGGAUACCCAAUCGCCGUGUCCGCAAAACGGCCAAAAUUCCCCUGCCGAAGCGACACCUAGUGGCAGUGCACCCGCGGAGGGUGACAUCGAAGGUGUCGAGGGAGGUGAAGACGGAAAGGUUCUUCUCAGUUCAGGUUGGAAUACAGCUCUAGCUGCUGCAGCUGGCGCCGCAACCAUGACUCGCAAACGUGCCAACAUGAGGAAACAACAAAACCAGAACGUGCGCCCGCAGCGGGCCUUGUUCUGUCUCCGCUUGAACAACCCUAUCAGAAAGCUGUGCAUCCGGGUUGUUGAAUGGAGAGCCUUCGAGUAUUUGAUUCUGAUCACCAUCUUUGCCAACUGCAUUGCGCUGGCAGUGUACACACCGUUCCCCAUGUCAGAUUCCAACGAAGUCAAUGCAGCAUUGGAAAAGAUAGAGUAUGUGUUCAUUGUGAUAUUUACACUGGAAGCUGUUCUCAAGAUAAUAGCAUAUGGCUUUGUUCUUCAUGCUGGUGCUUAUCUACGAAACGGAUGGAAUAUCUUAGAUUUUAUCAUAGUUGUUAUAGGUAUUAUAAGUCAGAUCCUUUCCGAGAUAAAUAGCAAAGGGUUUGAUGUGAAAGCUCUACGAGCCUUCAGGGUUUUGAGGCUGCGGCUUGUAUCCAGAGCUCCAAGUUUACAAGUAGUGUUGAAUUCUAUCCUCCGAGCAAUGGUGCCUUUGUUACACAUAGCUCUGUUAGUUAUCUUUGUAAUCAUCAUUUACGCUAUCAUUGGACUAGAACUCUUCUCAGGGAAGUUACAUGAUACCUGUUUUUAUACAAAUCCAUUAAGAGAAGCUUUAGAAGAUCCUCAUCCAUGUGGAAGGGGAUUCGAUUGUAAAACCGUAGCCAAUGGAUCCGAAUGUAGGAAGGAUUCGUGGAUAGGGCCAAAUGAUGGCAUUACGAACUUUGAUAACUUUGGUUUAGCUAUGCUUACAGUGUUCCAGUGUAUAACCAAUGAAGGAUGGACAGAUGUUUUGUAUGAUGUGAAUGAUGCAGUGGGAAGUGAGUGGCCGUGGAUCUAUUUUAUCAGCUUAAUUAUCAUCGGCUCCUUUUUUGUCCUCAACCUUGUUCUUGGUGUGUUGAGCGGAGAGUUUUCCAAAGAGAGAGAAAAAGCAAAAGCUCGGGGUGAUUUUCAAAAACUUAGAGAAAAACAGCAAUUAGAAGAAGAUCUUAGGGGGUAUUUAGACUGGAUAACACAAGCAGAGGACAUAGAUCCAGAAAAUGAAGAUGAAGUAGAGGAUGGGAAUACCCCCAGACACAGUAAAGCUGUUGCGGAGACAGACGCUGUAGAGAAAACAGAAGAAAUGGGGAGCGGGGAAAUACAACACUCCUGGUUUCAAACAAAAAAGUUACAUUUUCAAAAGUUUAAUAGAAGAUGUCGAAGAGGAUGCCGAAGAAUAGUGAAAUCUCAAGCAUUCUAUUGGAUAGUUAUUGUUCUUGUGUUUUUGAAUACAUGUGUGCUUACUUCAGAACACUACCAACAACCACCAUGGUUGGACAAUUUUCAAGCCAUUGCCAAUAUGUUUUUUGUGGUAUUGUUUACCUUUGAGAUGCUUCUCAAAAUGUACAGUCUUGGCUUCCAAGGGUACUUCGUGUCCCUGUUUAACCGUUUUGACAGUUUUGUUGUGUUGUUCAGUAUACUGGAAGUGAUCCUUAUAUACACGGGCGUAAUGCCACCUCUGGGUGUGUCUGUGCUCAGGUGUGCUCGUUUACUAAGAGUUUUCAAGGCUACCAGGUACUGGUCAUCACUGCGGAACCUUGUGGCGUCACUGUUGAACAGUAUGCGAUCCAUUGCCAGUUUGUUGUUGCUGUUGUUUCUCUUCAUUGUUAUCUUCGCCUUACUUGGGAUGCAACUGUUUGGUGGCCGGUUCAACUUUGACGAGGAGACGCCUAGGAGCAACUUUGAUACCUUCUGGCAGUCCUUGUUAUCAGUGUUCCAGAUCCUGACCGGUGAGGACUGGAACAUGGUGAUGUACGAUGGGAUCAAGGCGUACGGUGGCGUCAAGAAACUUGGCGUCAUCGUCUGUAUAUACUUUGUUGUGCUCUUCAUCUAUAUCUUGUUGAAUGUCUUCUUGGCCAUUGCUGUUGACAACUUGGCUGAUGCUCAGAGUCUCACUGAGAUUGAGCAGCAGAAGGAUGAGGAGAAGGAACGAACACGAUCCAUCCGAAGAUCGAAAAGCGAAAGUCCGGAAAAAGAGGGUAACAUCGAAGAAGACGAAGGUGUUGAUGUCAAUGGAAAUGAUAACAAUGAAAACGACGAAGACAAGACAUCUGUAAAUCUCAGCCGACAGCCGAGCUCCCGGAGCCGGAGAGACAGCUCUGGUGAUCAUCAUGUGCAUAUUGACUUGACUCCUGAACGUGAUGAGCCGGGUGAAUACAGAAACAGCCACCAAGUUCCUAUACAAGAAGAGGAGGACGACAAGGAUGAAGGGACGGAGGAUGAUGAGGAGGAUGAUGAAGAAGAUGAGGAUGAGGACGAGACACAGACUGUCUCGACUGCGCGUCCACGUCGCAUGUCUGAACUCCACAUCUCCAGCAAGGCCAAGCCCAUCCCACAAGCCAGCUCACUCUUCAUAUUCUCGCCAACAAACAGAUUCCGACUGUUAUGUCACAAGACCUGCAACCACUCUUACUUUGGCAACAUCGUCCUGGCCUGCAUCCUCAUCAGUAGUGCCAUGUUGGCAGCUGAGGAUCCCCUUCGGUCAAAGUCUCCUAGGAACAUUAUCCUGAACUACUUUGACUACUUCUUUACAAGUGUCUUCACGAUAGAGAUUAUAAUCAAGAUCAUCACCUAUGGGUUGGUGUUACACAAGGAAUCCUUCUGCCGUAGUCUCUUCAACAUUCUCGAUCUGUUGGUCGUGGCGGUCUCUCUCGUUUCUUUCCCACUGGACAAUCAAGCUAUCUCUGUAGUGAAGAUCUUGAGGGUGUUGCGUGUGUUACGUCCGCUGAGGGCCAUCAACAGAGCCAAGGGUCUCAAGCACGUAGUACAGUGUGUAAUAGUGGCCAUCAAAACCAUCUACAACAUCAUGCUGGUCACCUUCCUGCUGCAGUUCAUGUUUGCUGUCAUUGGAGUGCAGCUCUUCAAGGGAAAGUUCUUCAGCUGUUCUGAUAUGUCCAAACUGACUAAAGCUGACUGCCAGGGUUUCUAUAUCGACUUUAGGGAGGGAGACUUCAAUUCUCCGGAGGUGAAGGAACGUGUGUGGAAGGAAAACAACUUCAACUUUGAUGAUGUUAGCCAAGCCUUACUGACACUGUUCACAGUGUCCACGUUUGAGGGAUGGCCUGACCUGCUGUACUUGUCCAUAGAUUCCAAUGAGGAGUCUCGUGGUCCGAUACAUAGUAACCGGCCAAUGGUGGCCAUCUUCUACUUCAUCUUCAUCAUCGUCAUUGCGUUCUUCAUGGUCAACAUCUUUGUGGGUUUUGUCAUCGUCACCUUCCAGAAUGAGGGAGAACAGGAGUACAAGAACUGCGAGCUGGACAAAAAUCAGCGUAAAUGUAUAGAGUUUGCCCUAAAAGCAAAGCCGAUGCGACGCUACAUCCCCAAGGCAAGAUGGCAGUAUAAGAUCUGGUGGUUUGUCACAUCGAAGGCCUUUGAGUACGGCAUCUUUGCCCUUAUUAUGAUCAACACUGUCACACUAGCCAUGAAGUACCACCAGCAGUCUCAGGAGUUUGUGAAGGCCCUGGACUAUCUCAAUAUGAUCUUCACAGGAGUAUUCACAGUGGAGUUCCUCCUCAAACUAGCAGCCUUUAGGUUCAAGAAUUAUUUUGGAGAUGCUUGGAAUGUGUUUGACUUCAUCAUUGUACUCGGUAGCUUUAUUGACAUCAUUUACACUGAAGUGAAUAGAGCAGAGUAUCAACGUGAGUGUAAUGUAACAGGCGACGUCUGCCGGUAUGUGCCUGGCAAGACGAUCAUCAGUAUCAACUUCUUUCGUCUGUUCCGAGUCAUGAGGCUUGUGAAGCUGCUUAGUCGAGGAGAAGGCAUACGAACACUCCUCUGGACGUUCAUAAAAUCAUUCCAGGCUCUUCCAUAUGUAGCGUUACUUAUUGUGAUGCUGUUUUUUAUCUAUGCAGUAAUUGGAAUGCAGGUGUUUGGUAAGAUACGACUAGAUGAUGAGACAGAAAUCCACAGGAAUAACAACUUCCAAACUUUUCCGCACGCAGUGCUGGUGCUCUUUAGAUCUGCUACAGGAGAGGCAUGGCAGAACAUAAUGCUGGACUGUGUGAACAGACCUGGUGUACGGUGUGACAGAAUGGCUGACCCCAACCUGGGCGCCAGCAACAACACGAAUCAUGAAGAAAGCAUUUGUGGAAACAACUUCGCUUUUAUCUACUUCAUCUCAUUUUACAUUCUUUGUUCAUUUCUGAUUAUUAACCUGUUUGUGGCUGUUAUUAUGGACAACUUUGACUAUCUGACUCGUGAUUGGUCAAUCCUUGGUCCGCAUCAUCUUGACGAGUUUGUUCGACUUUGGUCAGAAUAUGACCCAGAAGCAAAAGGUCGUAUCAAACAUUUAGAUGUUGUAACCUUGCUGAGGAAGAUCUCACCACCACUUGGCUUUGGCAAACUAUGUCCACACAGGGUAGCCUGCAAGAGACUAGUCAGCAUGAACAUGCCACUAAACAGUGAUGGUACGGUGAUGUUCAACGCAACGCUGUUUGCACUGGUGCGGACGUCGCUGAAGAUCAAGGUGGAGGGCAACAUCGACACAGCAAAUGAAGAGCUCAGAGCUGUUAUCAAAAAAAUAUGGAAGAGGACAAGUCCUAAACUUCUUGAUCAAGUCGUCCCACCAGCUGGCAGGGAUGACGAUGUCACAGUGGGGAAAUUCUAUGCAACAUUUCUUAUCCAAGACUAUUUCCGGCGCUUUAAGAAACGCAAAGAACAAAUGCAAAAGAUUCAGAAAGGCCAGGAACAUACCAACGCUUUGCAUGCGGGUCUGCGAGCAGUUCACGACCUUGGGCCGGAAAUACGACGCGCCAUAUCAGGAAAUUUGGAUGACGAGGAAUUCUUAGAUAAAGAUAUAGAAGAACCUAUGCAUAGGAGAAAUCAUGGUCUGUUCGGCAGUGUGGUUAGUGCCAUAGCGGGAUACACACGACCAAUUCUUCCAUUCUUAAACCGCACACAAUCACUUAAAGGAAAACCUGCUGAGGAGAACCCCAAGGUUUCUCCUGUUAACACUUGGUUAAUUAAGGAGAACAUCAAUGGUAACUUGGCCACCGGGUCUUGUAACCACCUCAACCUAGAGAGCCGGAACCAGAUGAACCACACCCCGUCACCCCGUCCAUCGCUCAAUAUACCACCUGAGCCACCUAAAGACCAGAGACGAGACAGCAAGUCAAGCGAGAUAUCCUCUGAAGGUGAGGAGAGUGAAGGGGAGGAGGGAAUCGAAGGGGAGGGAGACGAGGGACAGGGGGGAGACUCCGACCUGGAAACCGUUGUUACGCACUCCUCUGCUACCUCCCCCCAACCGCUUGUUCUCGGUGAACACGUCAUACCUAACAACCGUACUCAUGUCCUCAAUCCUCCAGAGAUGACCAAGAAGCAUGGCAUUUAUGUCUACAGGGAUCUUCCGCAAGAGGACAGUGACUAUGAGCGUGAACAGACCCCUCCGACACCGCCACCACGGAAACUGAGUCGCCGAGGAGCAUCCUUCAAGUUGGGUUGCAUUGGGAAACAGGACAGUGAUGAAAAUCCUUUGAUGAGAAAAGUUGCAGAGCCUUUGCGAUUGACGCAGGCUCAGGCGAUGGCUGUUGCUCGGAUGACCCCGGAGGGUCUGACUGGCUAUCAGCGCCCCACACAAUACCCGAAUGCAGUGAGAACGCCUCCCACCUCACCGAGCCGAUCACGUCAUUACUUAGCUCCAGGUGGUAAAUUCUUGAACUUUUUUCAAAAACUGGAGAAAGGACCGUGUAAGAGUGGGUCUGCUAUUUAUUCGAGGUAAACAGUCAACAAUCAGCUGUUGUGGCUUCUUGAUGUUGUACACUGAGACAUGGGUGGUAUGGCGUUGUCUGCAUGA